GACGAUUGUAGCCACGAGCGUGACGAACGGCUUGUUCGAAAAUACAACAAGGAAGUGGACGUUCAUUGUUGAGGAAAAUAAUCACCGCAUAAACAUCUCUCAGGACCUGGGGGGUCUCCUCGCUCGGCUGUUGGGUGUCGGUGGGGUAAAGUCACCGUGGACUUGCCCGCGAGCCCGUUUGUGAUCGUCUCGAGGGAUUCUGCUUGUAGCCUGCUAGCUAGCUAGCGAUGAACACGGACGUGGAGUUUCACAUCAGGCAGAAUUAUCCGUGGAAUAAGCUCCCAGCUAAUGUCAAGCAGGUAGUGUGUUUAUUUUUACAUUUUCACGGGGCAGAGAGGGAGGGGGUGAACCUGUCAAUGUGACCGCGGCGCGUGCGAGCGUGUGAGUGUGUGUGUGUGUGUGUGUGUCACAAAAGGCAGCUGUCAGGGUCGCGCGGCUCGCUCACCUCCUCUGCAGGGUUUCACCAUUCAGCCAUAACUGACCAUUAUUAUAUUACACCUCCGAGGUUCUGCUGCCUCUGCCCUCUGUGCGUCACAUGACCGAUUGUUUGAUAGGUGGCGCCACAUGAUCUUAGCGCGUGGAUGUCACCUGCAGAUCCUGACGUUCAGACCCCCCCUCCCCUCUCAUGCGUUAUGUUUAAUAGACGCAUAAUGUCAAAACUCUGAAGGUGGUUUUGUUAUUACCCGCCUCCUCCAUUAAGGCUGCUGUCUUUACGCAAACCUGUCACUAUGAAGAGGAGGUGGGUGGAUGCUCAUAGAGAGGCUGCGUGAAUCCCUGAGCAUCCUCAGAAAGAGCAGGAUUACCUAGAUUACCAGGAAAGUGGGCAAAUCCCCCAGGACCCCCAGAUCUGCAGGGACUCUACCUCAGGAUUCAUUGAAAGUAAACAGUUUUUUAUGUUUACAUAGAGGAAAAUGUGGUAAAAAGUUUCCAUGUUCAUCCCUCUAGGAAUCAGUUUUAAUUUACCCACAAAUCAGCAUGGUCAAGGUCAGUGAUUGCAGUUAUAUUGAUGCAUUUUUUGUCAAUGACAUCCUUAAAGGGGUAUUCUGGCUUAAAAUUAAUUAAGGGUUAAACACACCCCAACACUGAGUUAGACACUCCCUCAAGAGAUGAAUGUUGCUGACCGCUUGCUUCUCUAGUUUUACCAACUUUAGAAACGACCGCACAAUAGCAAUACACAGUAGUCUGAGGAGCCAUAAACAAACCUCAACCAAAACACCACUCUAUAGCCACAAAUAAUGCUCAGAACAGCACGUAACUUCAUCAACAGUACAUAUAGGGUCCCAGCCAUAGUCCUAGCCACCAAACAUCUUUAAAACUUUGCCUAAUUUCAUCAGCAAAGAGACUAAACACAAUUCGCCUACUCUCUUCCAGCAGCUGCUUGUUUGUAGCGAGACCUCAGGCCAGUCCAUUACGGACUGUUGUAGGGUGACACAGCUCAAGGAAGAACAUUUGUGAUCAUUACUUUAUCAUGUCCUUGAAGUAAUAAUCACCAUAUUUAUAAUUUUGCACUGCAGACACGGUAGUUCUUCUGCCUUAGUGUCUCAGUCUGAUUACAUUUCCAUGAAGAAAUGUCAGUAACAUUCAUCUCUUGAGUGUUACAGCUGGAAUAUCCCUCAAAAGAAACUGUGGCCGACACUGACUCUUUAAAACAUGAUCAGCCUGCUGUAAUAAACUUGAUACAGGCACGUUCAAAUAUACGCUUGUAAAUACAUACAACUAAAACCAAGUCCUUCGGUUAGUUGUACACUCUGCUCAGACAGUUAAAGAGACUAAGCUUAGAUGAUGACCAGCACGUCUUUUCCACUUACAGCAGGUUACAUCCACUCCACCUCACCUCACCUCUGUUCUGUAUUUGUUUUUCCUCUGCAGAGUUUGGGGAACUCUCAGCGUGAGUAUGAGAAGCAUGUCCUGCUCUACAGCAUCCGCAACCAGCUGCGAUUCCGCAAUAACCUAGGUGAGCGAUUUUUGUUCCCCACACCCCGACACUGCAGUUACUGCUGGUCACAACAUGAUCAAAUUAUGAAUGACUCCCACUUGUAUUUUACAGCUUUAGUGAAGGGCAUAUAAUUAAGUUUUUUAGUUGAUAACAUAAACACUCUGUCCCUUUUAUACAAGCUUUGUUUAGUUAAAAUGAUUGUAUUCACAGAUAAGUAAUACGCCGCAUUAAACAGUGUGUAACAGUCUCUUAAUAGCUGUGCAAUUAUAGAUCUGUAAUCAAUAGCAUUACUUCUCCUGUGACCUUCUGAAGGAUCAAUGCCCCUUUUUUUAACCGGGAUUGAUCCUCUAUAGAUUGUUAGAAAGUACUCACUCGCCCUUGUCUGUGACCUGACGUCUGUGUGUGUGUGUUUUGCGAGCAGUGCGCCACGUAAGGAAGGAUGAGCGCAAGUAUUAUGAAGAGCUCCUGAAGUACAGCCGGGACCACCUGAUGCUGUACCCCUACCACCUGUCUGACAUCAUGGUGAAGGGGCUGCGAGUCACACCGUUCUCAUAUUACAUCGGAAUCAUGGAGGUAAGAAACGAGGAACAGAGGAGAAGAGAGAGUUUGAUAUGGAGAUCUGGAGCUUCAACCACAUUUCUCUUAUCAUUAUCUUGACAAUCAGCUUCUCAUACACUUUGUGCAAAAAGGUGCAAGCUGGUGCUGCUUCUUUUUAAAUCCCCAGGCAAUAAAGUGGUGGUUUUACAACUACAUCUCUGCUUUCAUUACAGCAAGCAAGGGUAGACCCACUGGCACAGAGCAGGAAUUUGUUGUUGUGCAGCAGAAAAGGUUCGGUAAUUGGUUUGGAAACAUCCAGUCUUCUCUAAUUUAAAUGUAACAAUGUCUUUCUGUAAACUGCUGCAGAAAAGCCAGAUUCAGUACAAAACAGGGAAUCUAAGAGGCCGUUAGAAAGAAAAAUCUGAGCUUUGUACAACCCCCUGCUGUCAGGCGGAAAGUGUUCUUUGUCACUUUGUAUAAAUGAAAAAUAUCACAUUAUAUGAUCCACCUGACAGUCCCGUAUUGUCUUGGCGUCGGCACCAAAUUAUGUAUCGCUGUUUACACAUCGUAUUGUACAAAGGCUUAGUGCAUUUACAUGACAACGCAAAAUCCACACAAAAUCUGGUUCGGGUUGCCCGUCUUGUUCUGCUCCGAGGUGGAUUCCACGACAACAAGUUGUGCACGCGUAUCAUGCUGCUUUCCUGCAUGAGCACUUGUUGCUGUUUUUGCCGUAGCUGGUGUUGUUGCUGUUCUAAAUGUUGGUAUAAAAGUCGUAGCAAUAUUUGUAGUUGCUGGAACAAGAACAAAAUCACCCCAGCUACCGCCAUUGUUGUUGUUGUGGGCUGGGGGGCGGGGAGGAGGAGGGGUGCUGUGAGGUCACCGUCUUUUCCGGGGUUAUCUAUUUAUACCAACUACGGCAUGAAGACGAAUACCCAGAUAUCCACCUGCAGAUCCGUUUUCAAAAAAGAUGCGGAGUCAUGGACAAAUACGCGUCUCUGUGUGUCAAUAUCACCAGAUUGAUAGUUUAUUUUACAGGUGUCUUACAAAUUCGUACUCGUGUAAAGACCACCUGAAAAUGUGUCCUUUUUGUGGGAUAUUUACAACAUCACAUCAUACAGCUGCUUGAAGCAGAGCGUUCUGUGCGCAUCGUGUUCUUGCAAGAAUGAGUCAUGCUCUUGAAAGUAUGAUCUCAUCAUACAAAAGAGGCAUCAUGGCACACAUUACUUAACUUUAUAGUGAAUCUAUUCUCUUACAGCAUUAACUCGAUUACUUUAUAACAUUAUGGGCCAUUUUAGAAGAGCAUGUGAUGCUCCCAGCGAUUCCAGACUUUACAUCAUUCAGGCACUAGAUGUCAGUCAGAGUCUUGCAAAGCCACGUGCAGCAGUUUCAGGGACACGCAGAGGACUUAUCCCAGGACACACACACACACACACACACACACACACACACACACACACACACACACACACACACACACACACACACACACACACACACACACACACACACACUCAUCCUGAGAGAACCUGUGCCGUUUGCUCUGCAGUCUGUUCAGGCUCCGUCUGUGUGAUGUCUGUGGUUUGCAUCUGGAACAGCUGGGCUUCUCUUUGACCUCUGAAACUUUAAAUUGGAUGACAAAGUCUGAGCCCAUGUGCUCAAACAACAGUUUUUAGGAUACACUCAUCAUAUCUAUUAUCCUAGUGAUCUUCUGAUGAAAGUUUUGUACCUUUAAAUACAGUUAAACCUCUCUUGCUGCCCUUUAAACAGAUACUCGUUAUUUCAUUUCUUUGUGUAAUGAUUCAUUUAGUCACUCACACCCUUGUGUGCUUGCACUAAAUGAAUAAGUGCGCAGAUAUUAGCUGCCAUAUUUGAUUGCUCCUCAUUCAUCGAGCCUCCAGUUUCAUCAGAUGUGACUCAUGCGCUCAGUGUUGUUUCCUCUGACUAAAGUUACAAAACUGAACAGUCAAGCUUCAGCUAACGCCUUAAAAGGCUUCACGCCUUUUUCUCUGUGCAUGCUACACAAAAUUUGACUGAGCUUCAAUAGUGGACGACGAAUUUCUUGAAGGCCAUGUCAUAUUCUGAUAAUUCAUUUUAAACACUUCAUUAAAAUGGGGAGUAGAAAUUCGCACAGCUGUCCAGAUUUGUUGAUCGUGUUAUAAAUCAGAGGCAGGAAUUAGAAAUUGGUAGAGAGAAAUUAAUUCAAUUCCUCCUCUCCUUGUCUCUUUUCCUCUUUUCUUUUUUUGCCUCCAGGAUAUUAUGAACAGCGAGAAGAGUUAUGAUUCCCUGCCCAACUUCACUGCUGCUGACUGUGAGUUUUUUCUUUUACCCCUUCCUUCCCCAACACUGCUGAAAUGACGGCACUAGGGAACUAGUGCCUUUUUGACUCCUGCUCGCAUUUUCAUAUUUCCAGAUCCUGUUUGAAGGGCUGCCAUCGUUGAGGCAGUGGCACAUUCAGAGAAAUAAAACAUAAAUAGAAUAUAGUGGAGUUCAGGGGUCAAAAAACAGUCACAAGGUCAUUUAGGGUAGGGGUGUCACGACACAAAUAUUUUACUUCCGAUACGAUAGCGAUAUUGUGGCCUUCAGUAUUGGCUGAUAUUGAUAUUGGCACAAGCUUGUGCAUGACAAGUUUUGCACUCAGCGGCAACGUCUUUUUCAGACUUAAACCAAAAAAUACUGCCAUACAGCCAAUGUCACUCCUACUCCUUGCUACUUUGUUAGUACCUUAGAACACACUGUAGUUGUGAUUACAUGGGCUCUGCAUGCUGGAUCCGGGUGCUUCUAGAUAGAGGUGCUGGAGCUGAGUCUGGAGUGGACUGCUUGUAUCGGAGUGCUGAUAUUAGAGAUUUUAGAUGCAGGGCGAUAUAAUCCGAUAUUCAUUUUUUUGCUGAUAUCGGACUGAUAUCCAAGAUCAAUAUCGGAUUGAGGCACCCCUAAUUUAAGUUGCACUUUAAAGGGAUAUUCCGGCGGAAAAAUAAGUUAGGGUCAAACACACCAUAUCACCAAGUUAGACACCAACUUUAGGAACGAUUGCAGGAUAGCAAUACAGAGAGCCAUGCGCUCAACCAAAACGCCACUCUAUAGCCGCAAAUAAUGCUCAGAAUAGCACCUAACUUCAUCAACAGUACAUAUAUCGUCCCAGCCAUAGUACUACUCACCUGCUAAAGAAGUCAGGCAAAGCUAAAAAGAUGUUUGGUGGCUGGGACCCUAUAUGUGCUGUUGAUGAAGUUAGGUGCUGUUCUGAGCAUUAUUUGUAGCUAUAGAGCGGCUUUUUGGUUGAGAGUGUGGCUCCUCAAACCAUUGUAUAUUGCUACCUGCGGUCGUUACUUAAGUUGGUAUAACUAGAGAAGCAAGCGGUCGACAACAUUCAUCUCUCAAGGGGGUAUCUAACUCGGUGUUAUGGUGUGUUUGACCCUAACUUAAUUUUACGCCGGAAUAUCCCUUUAAACAUAAACUUACUACUAAAAAAGCCUUUGGGCAGAUGCAGCAUAUGUCUGUUAUCCAUAAAGUUCUCUUGACAGAUUUCUUCCAGGAAAGCCAGCUACUUUUUUCUUCUGAAGAUACGUCUCAUACUUAUUUUUUUCGGAUUUCUGUGAGAUAAAGUUUUUAAAUCUUUCUGAAACUUCUUUCAGCACUGGCCAGAUGUUUUUUCUUUAUAUGAAAUAAUAAAAAUCACACUUCACAAAGCAAUAUUUAUUCUCUUAAAAAUCUGUUCCAUUUUUUAUGAAUCACAGCAUCAUCAGAGAGCUGCUUUCCUAAGAAAAUGUUGCAAACCAGAUUAAGAUUAUCACAAAGCUGGGAGUCAUGUGUACAUUCAGUUGUAGCAUUCCUUCUGUUGUCAUGUGAAACGUACUUUGGCCCGUGAGUGACUCAGUCCUGGCAGUGCAGGACCGUCACGCCGAGUAGACAGAAGGCUGCCAGCAGGAUGCUACUCAGCUCACAGGGGCCUCUCUCCUCUGAUCACCCUGGAGGAGCUUUGGAAGUGUGUCAUGCAGAAGUGGGAGGACGGAUAGACAGUGAGAGAGCGUGUGAUCGAGUAUUACGGGGGCGGGUGUUUGUGCGUUGUGUCUGUGUCUUGGUGAAGCAGCGGGAGACACAUGUAAGAUUCUGCUGUGUUAGGAGGCUGAAAUGAGAACAUCCCUCACUGCUCCCUGCCUGCGUUGGCAGCCAUCCCAGCACAUUUCGGUCCUCCCCUUCCAUGGCUGAGCAUCAGGCUGGAGGAGGUGGCACAAUGGGACUCAGAGCCAAAAUUUGCAGCCCUCUCCCCUAUAGAGACCACAAAACUCUACAUGACCUAGUGUUUUCUCAGACAGAGAAAAAUAACAGAGAGUUACACAUAGACAUGCAUGCACACACUCUUCUUAUUUUAGAAGAGACCACAGUUCAUGUUUUGUUUGUUUGUUUGGUGUGCGUGUCAGGGGAUUGUCUCAGAGAAGGUGUUUUUUUUUUGUUUUUUUGGAUUCAGUCCUACAACAGAGUCUAUAUGAGUCAGUGUUGAAACUCUUCCUCUCCAAUAUGAAGCUUCAGAUUUUUAAAAAACCCUACUACCCAACCUUGUCUCUCUUUUUUUUGUAAAGCCUUGCAGGUUAUAAUUGAAGUAAUCCAGAGACACCCUUUCAGCCAGAUUUAUUCGCAGCAGUGUUAACAUGCAGCAAUUACAGGUUCAGAAUGAUUUGCUGAGAAAUUAUUGAUUUUUUUCAACCCGUUUUUUCCAUAAUCAGGUCUGCGGCUCCUUGGCAUCGGGAGAAACCAGUACAUCGACCUGAUGAACCAGUGCAGAUCUUCAAAGGUAGGACAUAUUUCCAAAUGUGCCUUUUCUUUUAAGUACUGCUCUAAAGGCAAAUUUUUGCGCAGAUUUAUUAGGAAUCAUGACACUAUAUUGAGCUGUAUCGCAUCUUGAUGUUUAUACCUGAAAGCUCCUGUGGGAAAUUUCUUGACAUUUAUAAAACAGACUAAAAUUCAUACUGACCAAAAGUUCCUCACAGGAGCUUUAAGUAGCCAUGAAUUAAUUCAGGAGUCCUGUUUUCUGUAGUUUAACUCUCAAUUUUACAGCUGUGUUUACUCACUUUCUCAUUUGUCCACCAUCUCAGAAAUUCUUUCGCAGGAAGUCAGCGCGAGACCUGCUGCCGGCAAAACCCGUGGAAAUCUCUGUGGAGCCGUGGUGGGUGGCUCAGACAGGCUACAUCACGGAGGAUGAUAUCAGGGUGAGAUAAGAGCUUUUCAUCCUCUCUCAUCAUUUGUGUUUGAUUGAGUGGAUGUUAGACUUUAAGUAGUACCAGACAGGGAUGGAUGAGAUCAUAAUAGUACGAUGGGAGGUGAGAAUGAGAUUUUUCAGAUUGAUUGAAACUUGGUAUUCGGUUGUAUUCACAUUACAUUUCAUUAAAUAAGUGACAUAAUGAUGCAUAUCCGUUUGAAUUGUUACAAGAGGGUUCAUUGAAAUUGACACACAGAGCCUACAGCUAGAGCUACAACUGUUCCCCCCAUGAGCCCCUGCACUUCAAGAGCAGAGCUCCCCUACCUAAAAUAAAAAGAUCUCUCAGUUCUCAUCAGGUGUUCUCAUUUCCCAAGAAAGAAAAAAGGCAGACAGGAAAACUUUCUGUUCACAAUAUGUUCAUAUUUCCUCCUCUCAGAUUCUGCAUUACCUUCUUUUUUAAUAGACUCACAUGUAUAUUUACGAUCAUUUAAUGUUGUAUGUGUGUUGGGUUGGGUGCAGAUCUGUUCUCAAGCAGAGAAGAAAUCUAUCGAUAAGAUGAUUGACUCCGGGCCUCAGCUGGCUGGAUCGAUGGAGUACAAUGUUGUCUUAAGUGAGUAUGUAACGUGUGAUUAAAAUCAACAAGUGUUAAUUUAAAGCAGCUACAGCUUGAUUUUCAUUAUCAAAGUGUUAAAUCUCAGAUUUCUGUGCCUAUAAAAAGAAAAAUACACUAUUUAUAACACUAUUUACUGAAUCUAAGGAUUUUUUAUCACCUUAAAAACCUGCGAAUGUCAAUUCUGUGCUUUUAGUUUUAUUGCAAAAACCAUCAGGGUUUUCGUUAAUAUAUUUUGAAGUAUUACCAUGGAGGAUGACGCAAAUGUUGCUGCUUAAGGUGAAUAUCAGAGAUGACACACAGGGAGCAGAGAUGAGUCUGUUCAGUUGAGAUGUUAAUUAUCAAACAGCUGGACAGUAAUGAUACUCUGACUCUGGAGAGCUGCUGACGAAGCGGGAUAAAUGCUAUCAAAGACAGAAGACUCAGGGCGGUUUGAGUAGGAAUUAUAAGUUUUAUAUGAGAUUUAUUCUUUGCUUUUCUUCUCCAGGCUUGUACAACCGAGGCUUUAUCUACUUGGACGUUCCCAUAUCUGAUGACAGCUGUAUCUCAGGUACAUUACUCUGUGUGUUUUCAAGCAUUCUGUCUUUAUCCUCCCGCCAACUCUCUGUGUUUUUAAACAACAAACUGCACAAACAAGGAUUUUUUUCAUGGGUACUAAACUCAUGAGAUAAUGAUUAAGUAAAUAAGAAAAAAAAAAAAACAUGACUGAAACUGGCCACUCAGUCAAGCGCCACUCUUUGUGUCUUCCAGUGCCUCCUCUGGAGGGCUUCGUCAUGAACCGUGUGCAGGGUGAUUACUUCGAAACACUUCUCUACAAAAUCUUUGUGUCCAUCGAUGAACAGACAAACGUCUCCGAGGUAUGUGGCCUUAUAGUUAAAUCAGAGCUGCCUGACUCACUGAAUGUCAAACGUGUGUGCGUGCAUUUAUAACUUAUUUUUUCUCCUUGUCUUCUAAUCCUCAGCUUGCAAACGUGUUGGAGAUUGAUUUGGACUUAGUGAAGGUGAGUAUUCGGCACCAGUUUAAUGCAAAUAUCAAUUUUUGUGAGUGCUUCUUUAAAAAAAGACACUUACAAAAUAGGAGGUUGAUUUUUUUUUAUGCUACUGUAGUUUUGAACAGAUUUGAAGACACAAAUCGUCUCCUUAAAGGUUUGAAAGCACACAGCUCAUACGUAAAGCCUUUUCAAAUUCAAAGUGAGGUUUCAUCUUGUUUUAAAUCUGACGUAUUAUUAUCCUUUGCAGUAAUAUUUGUUUUUCUAAACUGCCUUCCAAAUACCCUAGAUAAAUACCCACACUAGAGUACACGUUGAAGGUAGACCUUAACACACACACACUCACACAUUGCUUCAGAUUAGAUCUGUCGUGCCCCAUGACUACCAGAGGGCUGAGCAGCCACAUUCCAGUUGAAUUGGUGCUCCAGAGUGACCCAGUUUUCCCCAGUUUCCUAUUCACUCUCCAUCAGACACAGAGCCAAACUCCCCUCUCAGAGUUCUGACCUGCAAAGUGAAGAGCUGGACUCUCCGGUCCCUCAGUCACAUCUCAUCUCCGCUGCUGCAAAACAGCACUUAAGAGAAGUGGCUCAAGGCAGUGGCUGCAGGUGGAACCUUGCAACUUCUGAGAUGAUUGAGACGUCUGAGAGGUCUCCUUUGUGCUGAAGUUUUUGCCUUCGUGACUUGAGCCGAACUUUCUCCUUUGCGAUAACUACACUCACUCCCUGAGACACUUGAAACUUGUGCUUCUUUUGAUAUGAUAAGAGGGUGACAAGGAGUUGACCUCAGCCUGCACCUGAGGAGCGUGAAUGUGCAGAAAGUAAUCACACCACCUUUCUUGAUUAGUGGUGGCGUGUUCUCUCUGAAUAAAGAGCAGAGCACUUAGAUGACUGUACAAAUUAAGAAAGUGAUGAAAAAGGCAGCCGGCAGUUAGAGGAAAGUCUGUCUUCAUGCCCUUUUCCUCUUUAACUAAUGACCUUUCUUUUUCUUCUGACAUCUUAAUCCAUCUUUCACUCGACUAGUCGCCCUUUUCCUCAUCAGAGUGAUUUUAAAAACUGGCCUCAAACACACGUCUGAAAGUCCUUGUAGCUUUUAAAACACUCAAUAACAUCGCUUUUUUUUGUGUUUUUAUAAACUCUAAAAAAGUCGUCAAAUAAAACAUCUACUCCCAUAAUACUAAGAGCUCCCAUCCAUGUCUUACUUAGUGUUGACAAUGUAGAAAGUUCAUGUUACUGCAGCUGCUGUGCUUUUUAAACAUUUUAUUGGAGAAAUCAAUUUCAGGUUGAUCAUAUUUGAAAUCAAAGUAUUUCUGUCAUUUGUUUCGAAUUUUUUUGACUGUUUCUGAUCUUGUUUUCUCAGAAUGCAGUUUCCAUGUACUGUCGCCUCGGCUUUGCUGUCAAGAAAGGUCAGGUCUUCGGCUCAGAGCAGCUUCACCCCACCUGGAAGAACGCCCCGUCCGUCAACAGGCUCAAGUAUGUGAUGGGUGUCAAAAUGAAUGAUAAAGUCCAAGAGAACAUGUAAAAUCCUGUUUUUCUCAUCAGGUUAACAAAAAAAGUUUACAAAUGAAUGGAUUAAACAUCGAGAAGGGUAUCUCCUUAAAUAUGAGAGCAUUCAUUUGUCCACCUCAUAACUGUUUUACACUCUACAGAAGGAUUUCUUUUACUCUUUAUUUGUGAUGCAACCAAUCAUGGUUGGUCUGUUGCACCACUAUUGCAUGCACAGUAUUUUCAGUAUGGGUUUGCAGGAGCACAGGCUUCGGUGUUGGGCUAAAAGAUGCAAAAUCCAAAUUUGCAUCCACCCUGAAUUCAGUAAAUUGUUUUUUGUCUCAGGAGCACCAUGGACCCUCAGAAGAUGCUGCUGUCCUGGGAGCAGGGCAGUCCUGUCAUGGAGGGAGGCUCCUCUGCUACUGACACGGACACUACAAGUCUGGAAGAUCAAGGUCUGUCUGGACGUGUACAAACGCACACAUACGUUAAUUUAUCCCUAAGAAAGCUCAGUCCUCAAUUUCCUAAUGUUAUAACUGUGCUGUUACAUCAUGCAUGUUGACUGUGUCUCUUUUCUCUGUUUUCUGCCUGUAGCAGACACAGCCAGUGUGAGCAGUCUGAGCAUCCCAGCCGCACCCACAAAGAGGAUCGCCUUCCUCUUUGACUCCACUCUGACAGCCUUCCUCAUGAUGGGCAACCUGUCUCCAGUUAGUGAAGAUCCAGAUUCUGUUAGAGAAAUACUUGAUAAAGAAAGAAAUCUUUUCACUAAUUCACAUCUUUGUCCUUUCAGAACCUGAAGAGUCAUGCGGUGACCAUGUUUGAGGUGGGGAAGCUGUCGGAUGAGACGCUGGACAGUUUCCUGGCCGAGUUGGAGAAGGUGAGACGGAAAAAUAGAAUGACGACUCUUCUGUAGUUCUUUCAGGUCCUGUAAAUGCACAAACACUUCGAUGUUUCGUGUCUUCAGGUGGAGAGCACAGCGGAGGGUGAAGCCCAGCGUUACUUUGACCAUGCUCUGACCCUGAAAAACACCAUCCUCUUCCUGCGCUACAACAAAGAACUCACUCAGGACCAGGGACCUGACAUCCCAAAUAUAGGUGAUUACACAAAGUUGUUUAAGGGAUUUCUUUCCAAACAAAUGUGUUAAGAGUCUGAUUCCUGAUAAACUGCUUGUUCUUUCUGUCUUAAAUAUAAAUAUCAAAAUUUACGUUGGUGCUAAAGACAAACAGGAUUCAGGUGAAAUAAACCUGAAAAAAAAAAAGGUUAAAAUGUGUUUUUUGUGUGAUAAAUGUGGUGCAUUUUCAGUAGAUUUGAAGCUUUUUCAAGUUCUCUUUUCAUCCUGAAAAGAAUUUUUGAGCCAUCAUUACCAGAGCAUCAAGCUGCUGGAAAUUACCCCUCUUUAACUUGCUCUGUGGUCUUAGAAAAUCAAUAAGUGAUGAAGCAUUUGAGCGCUACUUUGAAGUGAAAGUUCUGAACAAGGCUUGAAACUCUUAAAAGCAAAGAAAAAAAAGGAAGUAGGUCUUCUCUUUGUGUCGUUUCUCUGUGUUUCACCCUUCGGCUGUGUCUGACGAGUGAAUAGCUGAACAGCCACAUAGAGUAUUUCUGGAUGCACAUGCAGACUGUGAGUGAAGUUGUAUUGUUUCCCUCGCGUCUCUAGAGGGAGCAGCAGAGAGGAUCUUUGUGUUUCCAUGUAGCUACUGUAGUGCCACCAGAUGCUGUUUGUUUGCUUUGGCUGUGUGCCUCCUCUCUGAUUGUCUUAUCUCUCAGCUCUCUUCAGCUGCUGCUCCAGGCGAGGGAGCGCACUGAGAGCCCGCAGGCGGAGGCUGAACUAAACCCACAAUGAUUCGAGAGUGUAGUGAUGAUGCUGGUGUUUGUUCAUCUGGGAAGAGAGGGGAGUUUAUACAGGCAGCAAACUAGACUCUUAUGGGGGUCUUCUCAUCCUCAGGGCAGUGCUGCACUCUUACAGAAAAUUAAACACUGAUUUACAGCACAUAGGAAACACACAUUGAUUCAAGUAUGAGCCUCUUUUACAUAUGCACUACCCUCCAAAAUAAUCUGAAUCUAUCCAGGUAGGGUGCAUUUGUCAGUGCAACUCUAGCAUAUUAUGUAGAUAUUUUCCUGUAAGCUUCCAGGUCAAAAGUCUGCGCUAAGUUUGGAUGAGCAAGUGUGUGAACACAGCAAGUUGAUGCUGUGCCCCCUAAUGACAUUUCCAAGGGGUCAAGGUAAAAAAGCAUAGGAUCUAGGAUUGAACCCUGGGGCACACCACGAUUCAUUUUGCAAUGUCUAGAUGAGAAUUCGCCCAUACAGUCAGUUUAAACUGUUCAAAAUGGUUAAAAACAGUCCCAGAGAUGCCAAUAACAUUGGUGUCUGAGAGAAAUAACCACAUGUAAGCAGGCUGAGUGCUGAUGUUCAUACCGUUUAUACUCUAACUGCUCGCCAUAGAUGUCAGCCAGUGCUAAUAAAUAAUACAUUACAGGAGCUUUUACUGUUACUCUUUACUGUUGAUGCACUGCGCCGCCAUCUUGAAUUAUGACGUCGUCAAGUCAGGGUUGGCGAGGAUCCUCAGGCUCGGAAAUCCUGACUUCCGAGUACAACUGGAAUGCAGCAUAAGCCAGCCUAGCUUGACAAAACGGUCUCAUUAAAUAAUAUAAUAUAAACAUAAUAUAAACAUUUGGUUCCUGAAGUAAAAAUUCUUUAAUAUUGGCCUGAAUUUAUCUGCAAAUAUUCACUCUCUGCUCUUCACAGACACAUUUUUCCUCCUAGAUUUACAGACAGGAGGUGAGGUGUGAUUAUGAAACUCAUCUUUGUGUCCUCUGAGAGGAAGUUCUGUUCAAGUCACCUUUGUAGAAACACUCGUCUUAACACCAUAGCUGUAAAAAAAAAAGAGAGAAACUCACUCAAAAAAGACCUCCUGGAUCUUGAUUGGCCCAUUUUUUCUUCUUCUUGUCACUUGAAAGUUUACUGUGAAAUAGUCUUACAUGGUUUCUAUGGGGAAAUGUUCUCUAUCACUUUUGAACACUUCUCAUGAAGGUUAGGUGGGCUGAGCAAUAGACAGAUAAAGCUUGUAGAAACCUUGUACUGGUGCUUCAGGAUACAAGUUUUAUCUCUGCUGGAUCUAUGAUACUAAAGUUACAGAAGACAUGAGAAUGCAAACUACUUACAGACUUAAAUUGCAGAAUAUAAGGUAAGAAAUGUCUGACUGAUCUUGUGUUUUUCUUUCAGGUUUCCCGUUGGACAUGUUGCGCUGUGAGAGCCUGCUGGGUUUGGACCAGGCCACCUGCAGCCGCGUCCUCAACAAGAACUACAAGCUGCUGGUCUCGAUGGCGCCGCUCAGCAAUGAGAUCAGACCCAUCAGCAGCUGCACGCCUCAGGUAUGACGCCCACAGAGAGCGAGCAGAGGGGAUCCUGUGUGAUGUGCUGGGCUUUUGGAUCAAAUGUCGCCUCUGUUCGAGUCCUGUAUUUGUGUUUCCUUCAGUUCAUGCGCUCAUGUGUACUUGUGUGCUCUGUUGUUGUGUGUGCCCUCUUUUCUUUGAGUGAUUUGUGGCUCCGUGUGUGUGCGCAUGUGUAUGUUCCUUGUGGGCGCUCAUUCUGCAGUUGCCCCAGACAACAAAACUACACAAAGAAAAAAUGAGAGCGGGAGGGGAGGAGAGGAGGCUCAUGAGUAAUUCUUCUAGCUGGCCACACUCCAGCUUUCUAGCUGAGCUCGGAGAGACGGAGGGAAAGAAGUUAAACUCUUGUUGUGCCACUCACGCUGCUGUUUAUUCUCUCACCGCUGGGACUCAGCGCAGGGGAAUUUAAUGAAUUCUUCCUUUACCCACAUCUCUCAAAGCAGCUUUAAUCUCCGCUCCUCUAACACACGCACUUAUUUGUCCUCUUUCCUUUUUUUUUGACAUCUUUUUGUCUAUUCAUAAAUUUUGUGUUUUCAUACUCACAUCCAGCUGUACAUACUUGUUUCUCCUUGCAGCACAUCGGUCCAGCCAUCCCUGAGGUGAGCUCCAUUUGGUUCAAGCUGUACUUAUACCACGUGACCGGUCAAGGCCCGCCAUCGCUGCUGCUCUCCAAAGGCUCAAGGCUUCGCAAACUUCCGGACAUAUUCCAGGUGAGCCCGGUCUAAUGACUAACCAGGCAGCUCAUGUAUGCUGAUACAGAACAAACAAACCUGAAGUCAGAUAAGAAAACCUCCUGUUUUUGAUAAGAAAAUACAUCCUUCUCUUUCCUUCGCCCUCACUUUCCUCACAAAGCGUCACAGUCACAGCCACACCACACUGUGCAGCGAGGUUUCGCUCCUUCAAGGCCUCCCUGUGGUCUCUCGACUAUCCUGGGAACAUGAGAGUGGGGGACAAAAGAGAAUUUGAUGCAGUAAAUUCUCAGAGGGGAGAUAAGUAAUUUCAUGUAAAUGGGUCACUCCAGAGAACACAACAGUAUGCACUCUCCUGAUCCACAUUUAGAGUGUUUACUUACAUGGAAAUUAUUAUUAAAAACAGCCAAAGGAGUGGCACAAAACAGCCGGUAUUGUGAGGACACUAGAGAGAGUAGGUGAGUUGUUUUUAGUCUCUUUGCCAAAGAAAUCAGGCAAAGCUAAAAAGAUGUUUGGUGGCUGGGACCCUGUAUGUACUGUUGAUGAAGUUAGGUGCUGCUCGGAGCAUUAUUUGUGGCUAUAGAGUGGUGUUUUGGUUGAGCGCAUGGCUCUCUGUAUUGUUAUCUGUGGUUGUUACUAAAGUUGGUAUAACUAGAGAAGCAAGCAGUCGGCAACAUUAAUCUCUUGACGGGUGUCUAACUCUGUGUUACUCCCUUUAACUACAGAGGAAAUCUUAGUAAAGCCUGUUUUUUUUCUGUGUUCAGGCCUAUGACAGGUUGCUCAUCACAUCCUGGGGUCAUGACCCUGGAGUGGUCCCGACAUCCAACGUGCUGACCAUGCUGAAUGACGCGCUGACACACUCUGCUGUGCUUAUCCAGGUAAAAAAAAGAGAAAGUGAUCACAAACUUGUUCACUUUGCACCACCUGCUGUUGUAGAUCCUGUCCUGUGUGAUUGUUUAUUUACAUAUGUGGCAUAAAUUGUCCUGCAUGUGUGUAAUCCCCAGGGUCACGGGAUGCACGGCCACGGAGAAAUGGUUCACAUCCCGUUCCCCUUCGAUGAGGAGGACCUGAAAGGAGGUGAGUUUUUGCUCAUACAGAGAGCUGUAAAAUCACUUUAACAGUUUUGCAGCUGCGAAGCUGUGGUAAAAAUGAGCCCGUUCUCAGCUGAUGUGAGAAAAGAUAAUCAAGUUUUUAUUGAACCAAUUAAUUCAGAGUCAUGCAAAAUCUAAUGAAGAACAUCAUUUCACUGAGUCAAACCAUAGAAAUGUGACGUAUAAAGCAGCUCUUAGUGUGCGUAAAUGUUACUGUCCAAGAAUGAGAAGUCAUCCUGAAACAGAGAGAAAAUGUGUUUUCCUGAUGUUGUCUUUCAUGUAUAGAUGCCUUUCUCUGGCUUUAUAUUGCAGGAUUUCAAUUCUAACAACAAAUAUUGAGCAGUUAAAUAGACAGUAGUUUAUCUAAACAUUGUGUUGUUGGGAAACUUAUGAACUGAAGGGGUCUAAGGCCAAAAAAGUGAAAGUACUGCAGAUAAUGUUUGAGUAAAAAAACCUCAAUGUCGUCUCUCCUCAUCCCUGCAGAGUUCUCGUACUCCAACAUGUGUACACACAAGUCCCUGCAGAAGCUGAAGGAGCAGGUGGACCUGGAGCAUCAGUGCGGCUACAUCACCAUGCUCAACUCCAACAACAGGCACCGUCGCCGGGCCAGCGACACUGUGGAGUGCAGAGGUGAGGGUGUGUAUGCGGGUGCACAGACGCGCAAAAGUCCUCGGGUUUCUGGUAGAGCUGCGUUUGUGAUCGUGGACAGCCACAUUUUUCACCUUUAGAUGACUCUCUUUUUCCCAUCAGCCCCUUUAGUGUAAUUUAUUGAGUGGGUAGGUGGGGAUGAACACCAUGGGAUGUCCUGUCCUCCCCUUGUCUGACAGGGGAGUGUUCAUACCGCGAGAGACACGUGAUCAAGCAACUUUGGGGAAAUUAAAAUUUGUGAGAGGUUGAUGUGAGACAAGAUAUAUAGUAGAAUUAGUAACUAUGUCCUCACCUUUGAUAGCUAUUGGCAGUUAAUGUUGCAAAUUCAAUAAGUAUCGCUCACAGUCGACUUUAAUUACGCUGUUUGUCUGCAUAAUUGUGUUUCUGAUUGUGAUAGCCUUUGCUAAUAGGCCCGGAUCGAACAGUAUUAGCCUUUACCUUAAUUAAAUAGUCUUGAUGUAAGAGAUCACUGAUUAUGUUUAAAAAUAGAUCAUUUUGCACAAAGCCACUCACUGAUACAUAUUAUUUGAAAUGUUUUGUAUCUAAUUAAGAUUCUUUACCGAAGCUGUAAUCCGCUUCCUGAGUAUUAACCUCCUCAUGUUCGCUUUUCUCGAAGGAGACACACAUCUGGGUGGAGGCCUGGACACAAACGGCAGCACCGAGUCCUUUGAGUUGGUGACUGAAGAAAACAACGGAGAAGGCAAAACAAAGACAGACGGUAAGUCCGUUUAAUGUAUUUAUUAGAGAUGCAGCGAUUUAUGAAAAUCAAUGUCUGAAAUAAUAAUUUAGCAGAUUGAUACUGAUGGUUUCAGCAUUACUUCACUGUUAUUUCUCAAGUCUGUUUUUGUAAACAAACAGGAUUUGUCCACCAGGUUACCUCUUUUCACUGAGAAUAUUUCUCUGAAAAUUUAUCAACAUAUCUUGACUUUACUGUCAACGCCAAAACGUGUGCUAUCAAUACAGGGCAUUUCAUUUUGAAAUUGAAAAAGAAAAAACAAAGCAAAACAAAAGUUUUAGCACAUGUUUUGACAUUAAAAAUAAAGUAAAGCACAUGAAAAUCGGUUGAGAAAUUAGCAAGAUAUGAUGUGCCUUAACGGGAAAGUUGCCCCUCUAAGAUGGCUGCCAUGUAGGCAUGUUGCUUAGUACAGCACGCUGGCAUAUCUAGUCUUCUAUAUAUAUCUGUGUAUGGAGGGGCCACUUGUUACGUCAUAAACUUAACUUAUAUUAAUAAUUCCUGAAGAUGUUUUAAUCCUCCCUGCCCAGAUUGUAACUUUUAUUCAAAUAGAAACAUUUUCCAACCGUUCGUAAUCAACAGAGCUAACUUGAGCUGACACUGAUACAUUUUUGCAUCCCUAAUAAAUAUUCCUUUGUUAUGUAUUAUAUUAUAUUCCACGUUAAAGAUGCUAUAGAGGACCAAAAGGCUGCAUACAGGGUUCCAAACCAGCAUAUCCAUGAUCAGUUUGUCUCAUGUAGUCAUGUAUGUUCUGCACGUCCCCUCUCUCUCCCUCUCUGAUCUCUCUUCCAGCCCUUUCAUCUGAGGACGAGUGGGUCCCACUUGAACUGUGCUUCGGCAUGCCCCUCUUCAGCUCUGAGCUCAACCGCAAAGUGUGUCGAAAAAUUGCCUCGCAUAAAUUGUUCAGUAGCGAAAGGUAAAAAAAAUAGAAAAAAGAAAGAAAGAAGUAAUAAUCACCCAGCAGAUUUGAAGAUAUCACUCUUGUUUUAGAGAAAAUGAUUUCAGCUGUGUUAUUGUUUCAGCCUUCAAGAGCUGCUUCACUCCAGCAGAAAGCUUUCGCUGAAGGUGUUGAGCUUCGUUCAGUCAUUCCAGGUAUGAACAAUCUGCUCUCUAUGAAAGUGGCCACUUGAUAAUACUCAGAGAAGAAAUGUGAUAACAAGAGACAGUAAAGACACCAGCUGUCAGGGGUUUAUUUUGACAGAUUGAGUCCGUUAUGAUUAAGGUCCGUACACACCUGGACCGUUUUUGUCGUGUGAUUAUUUCGGACGUCAAUAAUUUCUUUCGAACCUGUAUCCUGUCAAUACAAGCGUUCACAUCAGCGUUUUCCCGUCCUGCGAUAUUGCGGCAUUUAUUUUUUCAGAUCAUGGUCGAUUUUUCUUAAGUUUCGCAUACUGUGUGUCCACUUCUGACCAAUCAGAUUUCGUGUUGUUGCGAUGUCUGAUUCUCCGGUAUAUCCAACAUGGCUGACCGGCUGAUUGUUUAUGUGUCGUAAACAGAGUGCUUUUUGAUAAAAGACAAACGACCUGAAGGACAUCUUGUGGAGAGUCAUAGCUUCAGAUUUCUGAUAUUUCGAUGGUUUGUGAGCUUUAACAGUUUUCUAAACGUCUUUGUUUUAACUUUCAUCUGUGCUAACGUUUGCUAACCAUAGUUCCAUAGUUUCAUGUGCUUAUCUGGUACUGGCCCCGACUCAGUAUUUGCUAUCAUAACAGACAGACAUCUCAACACUAGUGUCUAAUCAGAACUGAAAACAAUCAGCAACCAUGGUACAGUUUCAGCCCCUGAAUUGAGCAGUGAAACUCACCAAGUUCUCUUCUUUUUCGUAAUAUUGGAUACACCCAUGUGCCACAUUUCUUUUUUUUUUUGAGAAAGCAAACGGAGUACCAAUUUGCCAUCACUUGAAGUUGAAGUAGACUCCAUUUUUGUCUUCUCGCUUGCACCUGGGACGCUGGUUGUUAUGGGAAGGUCCCGCCCUCCUUUGCCUCUGAUUGGCUAUAAGUGCUGACCGUUUGGCUUGAGCGUGUCAUGACGUUUCCAGCUUUUCUAGCCAAUCAGAGGUGAAGGAGGUGGGACUUGCCCCCCGGAAAAGUCUUCCUCGGGAUGCGUCUUUUUCCCCCGGAAAGUCGCAAAAUCGCAUCGGCUUGAUGUGUAUAGUCAGGCGCGUCAAAAUUCGCCUCAGAAUAUUUCAUGAUUUUGCGUUCUAUAUUCGCGUCGGCCCCGGUGUGUGAGGACCUUUAAACAAAAGUAUGAUUUUUCUAGGACUCUUACUUUUUCUGUCUCAGAGAUUUCAUGUUGUCUUUUUGCUCAUGUCUUGAUAGGACGGCAAUCUGACCUCUGACUUGGACAGUGGCGUGUCGAACCCUCUCAGUCAGCCCCCGGCGGAGUCUGGCGUCCCUCUGCCCGCCCUCAACCUCCUCUUUAAGGAAGGGCAGCUGAAGGAGUGGAGCGGGCGGGCCCCUCCUCCUCUGGACAUCUCGGCUCUGCAGAAAGACCAACCCACAUAAACAAACCCUCCUCCACCUCGCCAUAAAAAAACACACACAAAAAUCCAGUCAUGAGGAAACUCUCAGUCCAGGUCCAACACUGCAUCUUCAUAUCUACUCAUGAGGAAACACGUUCAUUCAGAACCUGCUCACACCUGUCAGUCAGUAUCAAGUCAUGGGAAAGUCCUCGCCAGCACUUAGUCAUCACCGUUUGAGGAAUCACCGUCCCUCUGACACUAGUUUGACUCCCUCUCACUUUCCCUUCUCUGUGAUUUCUUGUAUUCGCAGCGAGGCAGUGUUAACGGUUGGAGUGGUGCUACCGUCACAGUAUAUAACAGUGAUGCAGAUAAACGACAUUCGACCCAGAAGAGCGUUAAAAAGCGGAAGCACAAACGCUGUUCUUCACUGACAAGCCCCCUCCCCCCCAGCCUUCUUCUUCUAUCAGUGGAUGUUUUGUGAUCAUUGAAUGGGAGUGUAAAGUGGUUGAUAUUGUAUAGUUGUGUAAAAAAAAGAAGAAAAAAAAACAGUGUCGAUCAAACUUCUCCAGGAAUCAUUUGAAGAUAUGCAUAUUCUAGGACCAAGUCUUGAAACUGGAGGUUGAAUGCAGACCCCCCGACCCCACCCUCACAUGUGUUGUCUUAUGUUAAGUGAUCUAAUGAUGCAUGAUAAUGUUGCACAACAUGCACCAUAAAAAAAACAACUUUCUUCCUAACCUGUAAUCAAUAUCGGGGGCAUUUAUUAUUUGCACUGUGCAGGAUUUCUUCAAACCUGUGGAUGAAGUAAUUUCAUUAAUUUUUUAAAGAGGUCGACUCUGUCGUGGUACGCACAUUAUUUCAAAGCUGAUGUGUUUCCUGUUGGGAAAUCAGUCAUAGAAGAAGAAAAAAACAACAUGGGUAUCAAAGUAACUGCUGUUUUUUUAAUGUUUUUUUUCUCGGUAAAAGAGAACACCAAAGACCAUUUUCUUUUCCAGUGUAAAGUUUUUGUUGAAAAAAAAAAAUCUUUGAAUGUUUUACUUUAAUUUUGUUGCCUUAUAAAUCUCAGCCAAUCAAAAACGAACAAGUGUUUGAUCAAAGCUCUUGAUUUUAAUUUAGGUAUGUUGAUUUCCUUUUUUGCCUUUUUUUUUUUAGACCUGUCACAUGACUUGUAUACAUUUCAGCGAGUGUGUAUAGCCAGUUAUAGCGACAAUAUUAGGUCACUAAAUUCCACCAAUCUGCCCUUUUUUAGGAUGUCUACAGGAUUAUUCAAGUGUAUCUAAUUGCAUAGAGUGGGAACAGUCGUGUCUGUGUGUUUGACCCGGGCCUGUUGCCACCGUUGUCUGCUGCCAGCACCUCCCCCUGGAUCCACUCCAGUCUGCGCGGUGCACUCUCAGCCAGCUCGCCACACUCUCCGAGGAUUCUGUUUACACCGUGUUUUGAAAAAUAGGGGUUUGUAGUCUGGAGAGAAGGGGGCGGCGGCUCCUGUCUGAAGGCUGUUGGAGACCUGCAGGACAGAAAUAAUAACGCUGUACCCGGCUUCAGAGUUGUUGUGGCCUAUGAAGUGUGCAGAGUCUGUCAUAAAUUUUCCAGAAAGGACUUUUUGAUGCGUUCAGUGAAAACCCAUCCUGCUGUUUUUUCUUUUAUUUUGAAGGAGUCUACCUUCUGAUGUGGUUGUUCCCUAUAAGGCGACGCUCAAAUACACAAAAAAGAGACUUAUAUGAGGUCCUGUUGAAGCAUGAUGACUGUGUAGAAACUGUUGUGCGUAUGUUGUGUAUGCGUGUGUAUUGUACACCUCACUCUAGGUGUGUUUUCAUACACGCCCACCUUCACAGUAAGAGUCACUCAAAUCCUGCCUGUCUGUUAACUCGUCGCAGUUCUCAUCCCGGACAUUCCCCACUCCUCUCCCAUGUAAACAUCCACCACAGUGUUUAAAAAUGCUAGUUUUAUAUGUCAGCAUAUAUUUUAGAAAAUCUCUGUUGUAGCUUGUUUCAUGGGACUGUGAAUAUAACUGACUGAGUGAAAAAUGAUGUAAUUAAAUGGGUGGAAAAAAAAAAAGAAGAAAGUGACAUUCCUGCAACAUACCCUUCCCCAUCUUUGCUCCAUCUUCCUCUCUGCUCUACAUACAUAUUAUUAUUAUUAUUAUUAUUAUUACUACAAAUAAAUAUGUAAAAAGUAUAUGAAAGUAUAAAUAAAUAUGUAAGAACUUUUUCCUCCCUAAAA